AUGCCGAAACAUCCGCGUGACGAAGAUGAGGAGCUCGAAGCCGGCGAAGCGCCGACCGAGAUCAAUCCUUACGAAGUACUUGGUGUACCACAAGAUGCAUCACAAGACGACAUCAAGAAGGCGUACCGAAAGGCCGCUCUGAAGCACCACCCUGACAAGGCUACACCCGACGACAAGCAGUCAGCUCACACCAAGUUUCAGGAAAUCGCCUUUGCCUUCGCAAUCCUCUCCGACGAGCGCCGACGCAAGCGAUACGACACCACAGGCCGUACCGAGGAGAGUCUAGAUCUUGACGAUGACGACUUCGACUGGACGACCUUCUUCCGGGAGCAGUUCAAGGGCGUGGUGAACGGGGAGACCAUCAACAAAUUUAGCGAUGAGUACAAGGGUAGUGACGAGGAGAGAGGACAUGUGCUUCAGGCAUUUACGAAAGUGAAGGGUAAUAUGUCAAGCCUCUACAGCUAUGUCAUGCUGAGCGAUAUGGUGGACGAUGAAGAACGCUUCCGCAGCAUCAUUGAUAAGGCGAUCGCGGAUGGAGAGAUAGAAAAUUACAAGAAGUAUGCCCAGGAGAGUGAGUCUGCCCGACAGAAGCGAAUCGAUCGCGCGCGCAAGCAGAAGGAAAAGGAGAGUCACGAGGCAGAGCAGGCCGCCGAGGAGAUCAAGGACAACGAGAAGGGCCAAGCGAAAAAGAAAGGCAAAAAGGAUGACGCCGAUUUGGGUGACCUCGCCGCAUUGAUUCAGCAACGGCAGAAAGGCAGGGCGGAGAACUUCUUUGACAACCUCGAGGCCAAAUAUGCUCCCAAGGGCAAGAAGGGUAACACAAACGCAGGACUGGAUGAGCCGCCUGAGGAGGCAUUCGCCGCAAAUCGCAAGAAGGCCAGCGGCGCUGACGCAACCGGAGGGGCGAGGAAGAGUAAGCGAGCAAGAAAAUGA